AGCGGCGCUAUUCCCUUUUUCUAGAGAGAGAAACAAAAUCGCGUCAAUUUGAACUCAAAUCACCACUCUCUGUCUCUCUCUUUAAAAAAACUCUAUCAUCUUCACUCAAAUUAUACCCCAGCCUGCACUGUUUUUAAACUCAUCUCAUCCAAAUCUCUCUCUCGAAUAUUUGUAUCUAUACACAGGCAUUGUGAUAAUUAAUACGGAAGUCUUCGGAAAUUUGAUGCGCGGUGCAAAAAGGAAAUAGAUCAGUGAUGGAGGAGGUUUCCGGCGAGGGAAGUGCGGGCUUUACGGCGGAGCGGAUACCCGGAGAGGUCAGCGGCAAUGCUCAGGCGUCGACGCCGCUAACUGUGUCGGCGUCGUUCAAGGAGGGAAGCAGCAAGGGUUCGUCGCGGCGGAGGGCGUCGGUGCGGCCGAGCCUCGACGCGGAUGAGUUUAUAAAUCUGCUCCAUGGUUCGGAUCCGGUGAAGUUGGAGCUCAAUCGACUGGAGAACGAAGUCAGAGAUAAGGAUAGGGAGUUGGGGGAAGCUCAUUCCCAGAUCAAGGCGUUAAAGCUGUCUGAGAGGCUUCGUGAAAAAGCUGUUGAAGAGCUAACUGACGAGUUAGGAAAGGUGGAUGAGAAGCUCAAAUUAACAGAAUCGCUUUUACAAAGCAAGAAUCUUGAAAUCAAAAGAAUAAAUGAUGAAAAGAAGGCUUCAAUGGCGGCUCAAUUUGCUGCAGAAGCCACUCUUCGGAGAGUUCAUGCUGCCCAAAAGGACGAUGACAUGCCUCCUAUUGAAGCAAUCUUGGCUCCAUUGGAGGCUGAGCUCAAGCUUGCACGGCAGGAGAUCUCAAAGCUGCAGGAUGAUAACAAAGCACUGGACCGUCUUACCAAGUCAAAAGAGGCUGCUCUACUAGAAGCAGAGAGAACUGUACAGGUAGCACUGGCAAAAGCUUCCAUGGUCGAUGACCUUCAAAACAAGAACCAAGAAUUGAUGAAGCAGAUAGAAAUUUGCCAGGAAGAAAAUAAGAUACUGGACAAAAUGCAUCGGCAGAAGGUUGCUGAGGUUGAAAAACUUACCCAAACUGUACGUGAACUUGAAGAGGCUGUGCUUGCUGGCGGCGCAGCUGCCAAUGCUGUACGUGACUACCAACGGAAAGUUCAGGAGAUGAAUGAAGAAAGAAAAACGCUUGACCGGGAGCUAGCUCGUGCCAAGGUAACGGCUAAUAGGGUAGCGACUGUGGUAGCCAAUGAAUGGAAAGAUGCUAAUGACAAAGUAAUGCCUGUCAAACAAUGGUUAGAAGAAAGAAGGUUUUUGCAGGGGGAGAUGCAACAACUUAGGGACAAGUUAGCUAUCACUGAGAGGGCAGCAAAAUCCGAAGCCCAGCUGAAAGAAAAGUAUCAGCUACGUUUGAAAGUUCUUGAAGAGACUUUGAGAUCGCCAAACACUGCAACUCGUGGUUCAUCAGAUGGAAGAAGCUCAAGCAAUGGUCCUUCAAGACGCCAGUCACUGGGUGGAGCUGAUAACAUUUCAAAAUUGACUUCCAAUGGCUUCUUACCCAAGAGAUCACCAUCCUUCCAGUCAAGAUCUUCUGGAAGCAGUUCAGUAUUGAAACAUGCAAAAGGGACAUCAAAGUCCUUUGAUGGUGGUUCAAGAUCUUUGGACAGGUCCAAAGUUCUCUUAAAUGGACUAGGACCAAACUUUAAACAAAGUCAGUCGUGUGAUGGAACUAAAGAAACUGAGACACAAAGUAGUGCAUGGAAAGAAACUCAAGUGGAAAAACCUAGUGACAUACAAGUUACAGAGAAAGAAGAUAGUGUGCCGGGGUUGUUAUAUGAUAUGUUACAAAAAGAGGUGAUUUCAUUGAGGAAAGCUUGCCACGAAAAGGAUCAAGGCCUUAAAGACAAGGAUGAUGCAAUUGAGAUGUUAGCAAAGAAGGUAGAAACUUUGACUAAAGCAAUGGAAGUGGAGGCCAAAAAGAUGAGAAGGGAGGUGGCUGCUAUGGAGAAGGAAGUGGCUGCAAUGCGGGUGGACAAGGAACAUGAAAAUAAGUCAAAAAGAUUGGGGAAUCCGAAGAGUUCGAUGAACAGCUCUCAGAUGCUUCCUGGGAGGACUGUAUCAAGAAGUGGGCUGACACGCAGUACACAAUAGCGGAUAAUCCAUUCACAGCAUUGAGGGAUUUGGUUGUUUGGUCCUUCUCAUUUUCUAAUUUUACCCUUUCACUGUUGUUUGUAUAAUUGUAACAAGCAUGCCAAUGGCUCUUUGGUCGUGGGAAGAGAAGAAAAUGACGCAAUGAUGAUGAGGUUUUGUGGGAAAAACUAUGGGUGUGCUUCUGACUUAGACUACUACUAUGUCCCUCGUCCGCGUAGGGAUUAGCAAGGAACACGAAGGCAUCAAAGUGGAGCUAACUUUUUGGCUGAUGAUAUAUUUGAGUGGCAGUUUAAUAUGUUGUAUAGGUAGCUUGUUGGCUUAUGGGUUGCCAUAUUGUCGUCCUCUCUAUUAUUUGCAGUCUAUUUUGAAUCUGCAGUUUAGUGUGAUUGGUAUUUGUCGAGGUUUGUCGAUAUUCUUGUUAUCCGAUAAAAUAUCUUGUUCUUCUUUUUUGCA